GUCAACUACCCCUCGGUCUAUGUAAGAAAGGGGCUAUCGGCCAGUGAUUCAUCAACAAUCAUCUAGUGGUCGUUGAGGCGCAGGGCGAGAUCAAGGGGAAGGGUACAGGGUUCCAAUCAGAGAUCGUAUGCACAGGGCGAGAGGCUUCUCUAGGUUAGUGCUCUAAUGACCAUGAGAAGUUUGGCUGCUUUGUCUCCAUUUUGUUUUGCAACAUCAUCAGUCAAAUUUCCCCUCCUUCAAUAAAUAAUUUCAGUAAAGAUUUUAUCUUUUUUUUUUGAACGGGAUGGCAGGAGCUCUGCCUUUUAAUUAAGAAGGAAAGAAAAGAGGUUUAUAUAUACAACGCUCGGUGGCCUAGCCGUGAAUCGAGGAAUAGGAUCGAUCCCGAAAAAACACAUGAAACAGCCCCAGUGUUACAACCCAAGAGUCUGAAACUAAGACGGUGUGUUACUAAAAGCCCUCUUGUAAAGCACAAGAUCCUCCUUAACUCUUUCCGCGACCUAUUGCACAGAUUGGAGUUUGUUGUCAAAAAUACGCUGGUUCCGCUCUUUCCACAAAUUCCACAUAAUAUAUAUCACUAAACCGUUGAAAUCACGGCGCUGAUUCUUGUGCACAGUCUUUAUUGCUUCCUCCCACCAACCACUGAUGCAAUCAAAAUUUGCCGGAUUGGUUUAUUGGGGGAGAGACCAGUUCUCCCAAGAUAGGACUUGGCUCCGGACUGCCUGGGCAAAAGGGCAAAGUAAAUAGAGGAUCUCUUUUUAUCAAUGAUUUUAUCAAUGAAUGUAAAGAUUUUAUCAAUGAAUGUUCACCCAUGUGUAGUGGGUGUGUUUGGACGCCCGUUUCAUCAUAGUAGCUAGGUCUCUUUUAGUGUUUGCCGCUAAUUUCCUUCAACAGAGCAACCUUGUUUGAGAGCAAAUGGACGGCAAAUCCAGUAUGAGCAACGACAACGGGCAGCAGGUCAUGCUUUCAGAGCAGAUGCUCCUGCAAUUUCCACUUCUAGAGAAGAUCACAAAUGGUUUCUCUGCCGACCAGAUAAUUGGCAGAGGUGGAUUUUCUGUCGUUUAUAAGGGACUGCUUGAGGGUCAGGCCGUCGCUGUGAAGAAGCUGAAAGAAGAGUAUAUCGACGACAAGACAUUUUCGCGUGAGGUUCAUUGUCUGACGAAGUUGAAGCCGCACAACAAUAUAGUACGGUUUCUAGGCUAUUAUUCUGGAGCAGAACAAAUGUGUGUACCCUACGAAGGCACGAGUGUCAUAGCUGAUCAUACAAGACACAGAUUGCUCUGCUUUGAGUACCAGCCUGAUAGUCUGGAUCGGCGGAUCAGCGAUGCAUCGUCUGGACUUGGUUGGAUUCGGCGCUACCAAAUAAUCAAGGGAAUUUGCAAUGGUUUACAUUACCUUCACAAGAUGGACAUUGUUCACCUUGACCUCAAACCAGCAAAUAUACUGCUGGAUAAAAACAUGGUGCCAAAAAUAACGGACUUUGGUAUCUCAAGGUUCUUUGAUGGACAAAGUCAGCUUUUCGUGACAAGAAUAGCUGGAACACUGGGAUAUUGUGCACCAGAAAUUUUGAAAAAUGUAAAUGUGAUCAGAAGGGAGUUUGAUAUAUAUAGUCUUGGUGUUAUAAUCCUACAGAUACUAACAGGACGUAUAUAUGAAUCUCAGGAGGUUCAAAAAGAAAGAUCUCAUCAAGUAUUAAAGGAUGUACGUGAAAGUUGGAAGAAUAGAUUCGAAACACCACAAGGAGACACAUAUUUGGUCUUCCCAGAAGAAAUGGUAGACCCACUGUUGAAAGAAUCCGAAGAAAUGAGAAAGACACUGUUGAAUCAAGUACAAAAAUGUACUCAGAUAGCGAUAGAAUGCAUGGACGCUGAACAAAAUAAAAGACCGAAUAUACAAAAAAUACUUGUUGAACUUGGUGAAACUGGAAGUACAGAUGGGUUUAUCGAAGCAUUGCAGGUACCCAUCAUACCCAAAUGGAGGCGAGUAGCACCUCUGGUGCCACAAUCCAUUCACGAUUUCCCCUCCAUGAAUGCGGCAUUCUGUUGUGCUCAAGUUGCUGAUGGGAUCGACAAGAUAGGGCCAUGCGGUGGAGGAGGAGGGGAGCACUGCAACGUCAUCAAGAUCCCACACGGCCUAGAGAGCAUAACAGUCUGGUACGGCUUGGUCGUCGACUCGAUUCAAUUUUCCUACGUUGAUCGCGAGAAGAACACUCACACUACAAAACGAUGGGGUGGUCCUGGUGGAUUCGAGCAUAUUACGAUUAAACUCGGUGCUGGUACAUCUCUCAAGAGAAUGUCAGGAACAUACGCUCCAUUUAGUGACGACGAAACAAUCGUCAUAACAUCACUUACUUUUGUAACCAGUGAUGACGUCAAAUAUGGACCUGUAGGAGCUGGAGGCGGUGACAGGGCGAACUUCGAUAUUCAUCUGACCGAGGGUACCAUUGUUGGCUUCUUUGUGCGUGCGGGGUGGUACAUAGAUGCAAUUGGUGUCUACGUUCGUAGGUAGCGCUAAGAUGCAAGGAAAAAGCUUGUUUUCUCUGUAUUUUGUUCAGUAAUGAUCUGAAUUCUUAACUCGCGAACAAAGCAAUAAUUCUGCUACAUUGCAAUAA